CCUAGAUUCAUAACCUUAUGUAAGAGUAGCAUUCAUCCCAUGGUCGACUUUUAAGUGGCUGGUUUUGAGGUACUUGUAAAUAAAAUAAAUAAAUUAAGUAUGACUGUCUUUAAUAUGUUUAACUAGGAAGGUAACAAAAAAAAAUUUUCACAUUCCACACACAUGAGGCCACGAUGACCCAUACACAUUUACUUUUUGCAUUGCUUGCAUUGAAACCUUGUCAUACGCCGUUUUUUAUUAUAAUCACAAUAGCCACAAACGUUUUUUUUUUUAGUACCACUUGGACCAGUACCUCUACCAUGAGUUGCCAUAGUUAAAUCGUCUGACCUAACUACAAUAGUAGACGUGAAAACGUAACCCUGAAUAAUUAACGUUAAAACGGUACCAUGAGUAUAGUCGUGCUUAUCUACAAUGUUUAUCGUUUGUACGAUAGUAACUGUAGUGAAGUAGCGUUCCGUUACUAAACAGGGUAUCUCUUUCUUUUUGCUUACUGAAGACAAGGACAAAAAAUCAUAAACCCAAAAACCAUGCAUCCAAACCAGUAAAAGGAAUUAAAAAAGUAUUCUGUUAAUUUUAUCUUAUUACACGGCAAAAUUAAAGAGUUCUCUCGAUAUAAUGAACUUGUAUUGAGUUGGGUGAAAUUUUAAUUUUAUCAGAGUUUUGUUUUGGUUCUGUUUGUCAUUUGUCAGUGAAGUGAGUGAAGUGCCAAAGAGCAUGUGAAGUGUUUUGUUUAAAGUUUUGAUAAAAGUUCGUUGACGGUAAUUUAAAAUAUUUUAUUAAUUUUUGUGUUAAUUUUUAAAAUGAGAACAAGUACAACACAGUUCGAAUUAAUGGUGUCGUAUAUGGAGAGACAUGGGGAUUUGAGCCGACCAUGUAAUGGUCCUCAAGGCAGAGUGACCAAUAAUAAUCGCUGGGCUGAGUUGGUCACUCAGCAGAAUGCCGAUGCCACUGGGGACACAAAGAACGAAGAGAAGUGGCGAAAAACAUGGAGUGAUCUGAAGAAUAACACCAAAAGAAAGGCAGCAAGAAUAAAUAAAGCUAUGAGUGGCACUGGUGGUGGGCCUGCUUUGAAAAUUAAACUCUCUGGCAUUGAAGAAAGGGUGUUGGCAAUAAUAAAUCCUCAAGCAGCUUCCGGCAUGACAGAAGUGUUAGAGGUUUUUGUGACAGAGAAUGACGGAGAAGACCCUGGCUCCUCGCCAUUAAUUCAAGUAAACGAAAGGGAAAAUGAAGACUGGAACGUGCCAGGGUCUAGCAGCCAGCCCCCUAUUUUCGAGCCAGCAAACCAGCCACCAUCACCACCUGCUACCCCACCAACGCCAAUCCAAGGCACUCCCAGAAGUCCCAGAACACCCCGCAGACGAAGACACCCACGACUACCAGUGGGUGCUUCACCUAAAAGACGAACUCCCGCCAUUUCACAAUCAGCGUUAGCAAGAGAAGCAUUUGCUAACUCUGAUCGUGAAUGGCGGGAGUUUAAUAAAGAGAAAUUUUUAAAAACUACGAAAUCGAUAAAGAACGCCUAAGACUAAGGGAAAUUGAACUACAACAGCAAGCAAGAUGGCAAGAACUGUUUGUUCAAUUUCUCUUAGUCUUAAGAGAAAUAUGUAAAAAAGAUUAAAAAAAUAAAUGAUUUUUCAGUUUC